AUGUCGGUAAGUAAAGGUUUUAAAAACUAUUGAAAUAUUUAAUUUAAGGUAUUGAUAUAAUGUUAAUCUUGUUUUUUUUUCAGGCAGCAGCGAUAAAAAGGCUCAACAAAACAGCUAAAGUUAUAGCAGAUUCUGAUAGUGACGACGAUGCUCCAGUCAUUAAGAAGGCCAAAUCUUCUUCGAAGAAGCAUAUGCGAAAGAGGAAACAGAGUGAAAGUGAUGAUGAUCAAUCAGUAAGUUCAUUUUUGUUUUUUUUCUUGAUUUUAGGUAAUAAUUGGACGAACUCUUUUCAUUAUUUAGUAUAUAGCGUUUUUUUUAAAUUUUUAUGGUUUUUAAAUUAUCGUUUGUGUCUAAUUUUAGGUUCCCCAAACAUCGUCACACAAAUCGCGAGAAGCUACUGGAUAUGAGGAGUUGGAUGCUAUUCAAAGAGAGGAAGAUCAAGAUAUAAGAGAAAGGGAUGAGUUAGAUAAAAGAAUUCGAGCCAACAAUCUUGCCAGUCAGAAGAAGGUAAUGUCUUCAAGAGAAGCGAGGGAAAAAGCUGAAGCUCUAAGACGGUUAAAGGUGUUGUCUGGUUCAUUGAAAGAUCAGAAGGAUAUGGUUGACAAGAUGAGACAAGAAAGUCGAAAACGGUACUUGCCUAAGAGAAAAGAAGACAAAUUAUAUGAAUUGAAAAGAGCUGUCGAGGAAGAUGGCAAGAACUUCUUGCCUGAAGAAUUAACAGAGACAGAGCGAAAGGAUUUAGAGAAUAAAAGGAAGAUUCUCGAGUACGCUGAGCGGUUUGAGAACGCUGGAAAGGAGGUUAAACAGAAGAGGUAUCACCUUCCAGACGCUUCAAAGAAACUGAUUGACGAGCCUGAAGAAGAACGAAGAGUUGGAGAUGCUCGACGAUGGGAAGAUGAACAACUUAGUUCGGCUAUGUUUAAAACGGGUGCAAGGGACAGAGUAAGUCAUAUUACUAUUAUUAUUCCAUAUGUAUAUUAAAGUAUGUUAUAGUUAUAUUAUUAUGUACUAUUUACAUUAUUUAAGAUACUUACAUUUUGUUUUCAGAAGGCUGAUGAGUUAGAUUUGUUGUUAGAAGACUUGAAAGUGGAUUUUACUGAGGCUGUUACUACGGGUGGUGAUAAUGAGGAGAAGAAGCCGGUGUUAUCAGCAAUGGAGAAGAAGAAGUUGUCAUUAGCCGAAACUAGAAAGACUUUACCUGUAUAUUCGUUUCGUGAGGAGUUUUUGGAAGCUGUUCGUGAGAAUCAAGUUAUCAUUGUUGUAGCCGAAACAGGGUCUGGCAAAACGACACAGCUGCCACAGUAUCUUUAUGAAGCCGUAUGUUUUGUAUUUUUAAAAUAUGUUAAGUUUAAAUAUAAUGUAAAAAUGUGUUUUUAUUAAGGAUAUAUUAUUUUUAAUACUAUUUUAUUUACUCAAAGUUAAUAUAUUAAAUUCAGGGGUAUUGCAAGGACGGGAAGCGAAUUGGAUGUACACAACCGAGGCGAGUAGCAGCCAUGAGUGUAGCAACACGUGUGGCCGAAGAAGUUGGUACAAAAUUGGGACAUGAUGUUGGCUAUACAAUUAGAUUUGAAGAUUGUACAUCAGAAAAGACCCGUAUCAAGUAUAUGACAGACGGAAUGUUACUUAGAGAGCUGUUAAACGAGCCAGAUCUAGGUUCAUAUAGUGUGAUGAUGAUUGACGAAGCUCACGAAAGGACUUUACACACAGACAUCUUGUUUGGCUUAGUGAAGGAUAUUGCCAAGUUCCGUCCAGACCUCAAGUUGUUGAUAUCUUCAGCCACCUUAGACGCGGACAAGUUUUCCCAAUUCUUCGACGAUGCCAACAUCUUCAAGAUCCCGGGAAGACGGUUCCCGGUCGACAUUUUUUACACAAAGGCUCCAGAAGCCGAUCCAUUGAAAGCAGCUGAAACUACCGUACUUCAGAUUCAUUUAACCCAGGGAUUGCCUGGUGACAUUCUAGUAUUUUUGACUGGCCAAGAGGAGAUUGAAUCCAUGGAGGAAGCUUUGAACGAAAGGAUAAAACAUCUGGGAAAGCGUAUAAAGCAGCUGAUUGUUGUUCCAGUCUACGCCAAUCUGCCUUCAGAACUACAACAGAAGAUUUUCGAACCAACACCUCCAGAUGCCAGGAAGGUUGUGCUGGCUACAAACAUUGCUGAAACUUCUGUCACAAUUGAUGGCAUUGCUUACGUCAUUGAUCCAGGGUUUGUGAAGCAGAACUCCUACGACUCCAGAAGUGGUGUAGAACAUCUUCAGAUUGUGACAGUUUCCAAGGCAGCAGCGAAUCAACGAGCAGGAAGAGCUGGUCGAACAGGGCCAGGAAAGUGCUUCAGGUUGUAUACUCCAUAUGCCUACAAGAACGAGUUGGACGACCAGCCUAUACCUGAAAUUCAGAGAACAAACUUGGCCAACGUUAUACUCAUGUUACUCACACUGGGUAUCGAUGAUGUAGUGCACUUCGACUACCUCGAUCCACCUCCAAAUGAAACUGUGGCAGCAGCUCUGGAGCAUCUCUUUGCUUUGGGAGCUCUCAAUCACAAAGGCAUAUUAACCAAGCUUGGCAGACGAAUGGCAGAGUUCCCUUGCGACCCAGCCAUGUCCAAGAUGAUCGUGAUGGCAGAGAAGUACCAGUGCACUUCUGAGAUCAUCAGUAUCGCUGCCAUGUUAUCAGUUAAUGCUGCCAUCUUUUACAGACCCAAGAAUCAGAUCAUUCAUGCAGAUACGGCGAGGAAAGGAUUCUGGUCUCCAGCUGGAGAUCAUCUGACGUUACUUAAUGUAUACGAACGUUGGAAGGAGUCCGACUACUCUGUUCAAUGGUGCGUGGACAACUUUGUACAAUAUAGGACGUUGAAGAGGGCGAGAGAUAUCCGAGAUCAGCUGGAGGCUUUGUUGGAGAAAGUCGAAAUUGCUAUAGUAAGUUAUUAUUUUUUUAUUCAUUUUAUUUAUUUUUUAAGAAUUUUCACGUUUUUAUGCUAAUUUUACUUAUUUCAGACCUCAAACGAUGAUCCAACUCCAAUUAGAAAAGCUGUCUCAUCAGGAUACUUUUACAAUGUCGCUGCUCUAGACAAGACCGGCGCUUACAAAACAGUACGAAACAGACAUACAGUACAGAUUCAUCCUCACUCAUCUUUGUUCGAAGACAGACCUCGAUGGGUGAUAUACCACCAGCUGAUGGCUACCACAAAGGAGUACAUGAGGGAAGUGAUACAAGUGGAGUCGGGGUGGAUCAACGAAGUCGCUCCACAUUACUACAAGUCUUUCAAUCUGGACGAGAUGGCCAAGAAGAAGAUGCCCAAGUCUAUGGGUAAAUCGAAAAGUGAACUGCAACGGGAUUAA